AUGCAGUGUGGCCGCGCACAACGUGCGAAAAGUUAUCGACAUGAGGUAGAACUGGACUUUCGACAUGUUCGACAGCAAAAAGAUGUGGUACUGGAUCGACUCGAUCAUCUACUGAAAAAUGGUCCCGUUGAUGCGAGUGCUGAUAAACGAGAUCAUGAUCAGCGAGCUGACAUCCGUACCCUGUUACUGUUCGCCGGAGAGAAAGCCGCUCAGUUGGCAGCAGCUCAGGAUGCGAUGAUUCAAGUGUCCGACCAGCUGUUUCAAUUUUAUGCCCAAAUCGUUCAAAAUCAGGGUCAAAACACAGAAAAGUCGGUGAUUGAGAUCGUCAACAAAUUACGUCAGUUGGCACGUGAAAACGCUGAGGAUCUGCCAAAGGUUUCCCUUGCCGAUGAAGGUGUCGAAAGUGGUGCCGAUAUGGAUGCCAGCGGUACAAAAGCCAUUCCGCUGAAUUCGGACCGAGCGGUUCUUGCACCGUCCUUCAUCCGAGAAGUCGAUCCACGUCUGGCUAGUGUCAAAGUCGCCGACAUUGUUAGCGAAAGCGAUCUCCGGCAGCGAAUCCUUACCGAUGGCAGCCCAUUAUCGCAGACAAGUGAUAGUUUGAAGAAAUUGUUGACAACGGUGAAAAGAACCGCUGAACAGGCGCUCAAUCAAGCAAUUCCCUCAUCGCAGCGGUGGAGCCGAAACUGA